CCCUCCAUUUGUUCCAGAAGCCACCACCCCCAUCUCUCUCGAUCUUCACCUCUCUCCGCCUCAUCUUUCUCGGCGGGCAGGGGCGUGUGGGCGAUGGCGCAGGAGAAGGAGGCGCUGUUCCUGCUGACGUUCGCGGACGGGACGGAGGGCUCCGCCGACGCCCGGGACGCGGCGGCCGUGCUGCGCGGGUACGCCGUCCCGGCCCCCGCCAUCCGCUCCGGCCGCGUCUUCGACAUGGUCGUCGAGUACGUCGAGAAGCACAACGCCCACCGCAGCGGCCAAGCCGUGGACCGCGACAUCGACGACUGGGACCGCCGCUUCAUCGCCCGGGCAGCAGGCGACACCGACGCCCUCCACGACCUCUUCCUGGCGUCGGAGGAGCUGUUGGAGUACGAGCUGAUGGACCUGUGCGCGCAGACGACGGCGGACAUGAUCAGGGGCGGCACCGUGGAGGAGAUCAAGACCCUGCUCGGCAUCGUGGGAAUCACGCCGGAGCAGGACCUGCUGGCGCAGCACGACCACGACCGCCUCCUCCGCAUCAUCCGCUAGCUCAGCCCCACACCAACCGCGACAGUUUUGCCUUGGUGGUGCUUCAGUACUCAGUAGUUUCCAGUGGUCUAAUCCUCGUUCGUCGUCAGUAUUGGUUCUCACUCACUCCAUCAGUUGAGAGAUGAUCUCCUAGUUGCUAGCUUGGCAAAGGCUUUUUUGGCUGUUUCCAGUACGCACAUUGUCCAGAGGUAUGAAAAUGAUGUAGAACUUGUGUUACAUGCAUGCUGUGACACGGAUUCAUGGUCACCCGAGUACUAAACUGAAACACAAAUUAAUUA